AUGUUCACGCCGGAGUGCAAGUUUAAGGAGUCGGUGUUUGAGAAUUACUACGUCAUCUACUCGUCCACUGUGUACCGGCAGCAGGAGUCCGGUCGGGCCUGGUUCCUGGGCCUCACCAAGGAAGGCCAGGUCAUGAAGGGGAACAGGGUCAAGAAGACCAAGCCCUCCUCACACUUUGUCCCCAGGCCCAUUGAAGGUAAGGCAUCUGAAUGUGUCGGUCAUCUCAUCUGUGUUGUUGUUUUUUUUGCAGGUUCCGAUCACCUGGAGUAAGCCGAUUAAAGCCCUGUAUGGUGAAAUCAGGGGUCUCGUUUAUAAAAUGUUCUCACGCACAGAUUUGAUCGUACAUUGUGCGUACGAUGAAAUCCACACGGUAACAUUGGGAUUUAUAAAUCUUGAACUUCACAUUGGAAAUUUCAUGAGUUACUUGGAUUUUUGCAUGAAAUGUCAUGAUUUAUAAAUGAAACAUGCUUCUAUGUGUUAUAUACAACAUUAGCAGUGUAUACACAUUUGACAAAAUUGCGUUUCCUCACACUGGCGAAAAAAUGUUCCUCAUGCCAAAUUGCAGUAUAAAACGUUUUAUAAACAAGGCCCCUGGGAGAUAGUGUUGGACCUAUGUUGUCAAAUCAUUUAGCUGCUUUUGAUUUACAUUGGAACCAAUGGAACCAAUGGAAUACUCACAAAAGUGGAUAAUGUUUUAUAAUUAUGUCCAGUAAUAAAUCAUUUCAUAAGGUAUUUAGAAAUGGUCUGCCCACCAUUUUUGUAAAUUUUUUAUUCACACAUUUUUAAAUAUCAGUAAGAUAGUUACUUUUUAAAGGUCCAAUGCAGACGUUGUUUUUAUAUCUCAAUAUCGAAUCAUUUCUGGUACCUUGCUGUGAUUGUUUUCCAUUACAAUAGUCAAAAAGAGAGCAAGAAAAGCUUCUUAGCAAAAAACCAUUUCUCAAGAAAGAAUUUAGCUAGGACUGCCUGGGAGGGGUUUGAGUGGGGAGGGGAAAACUGAAAAUGAGCUGUUAUUGGCAGAGGUUUGGAAUUCUCUUUCUUAUUGGUCUAUUAACUAAUUUACUGCAUGGUGAUGGCAUUUACACCAUGGAUGUCAUCAAAACUCCCUCCCGCCAAAACAGCUGUUACACUGAAAGGGCAUUAUCAUCAUUUUCACAAUUUCACAGUAUUAUUUCCAACGUCAGAGUGUGGAAAUAUAUCUAAAGCACAGGAAAAUGACGUUUUUAGAGUGUGGAAAUAUAUCUAAAGCACAGGAAAAUGACGUUUUUGGACUGCACUGGGCCUUUUAAAUGAUUUAUUGCUGGUUUAUAAGAUAAUGUAUAAGCUGUUUAAUAUAGAUACUUAUCUACAUUAGACUAAAGUAUAGUUCUUAAGAAGCACUAUACUUUAUAAACUGUGUAUAAAGGACCUGAGUAACUACUCUUAAAAACCUGGACAAUGCCAUUAGUAGGCAUCCCAGCAGUACCUUAUACUCCACCAAGGUCUCAAAAUGACCUAAAACCAGGGGUUGGAACUGGUUCAGGGAACAGAACAGAAAACCGGAAAAUAACAGAAUCUUUCAAGAAACCAGAACCAGAACCGAGAACGAAAGUGAUCUAUACUCUUCCGGAACAGAACCGUAUUUUAAAAGCAUGGGAACCGGUUAAUAACGUUAUUUUACGUUCUGGGUAUUUUUUUUCCAGUCCCACAAAAAAAAUGCAACAAAGCGCCAUACGCAAAACUCUCACCUGAGUAUGGUUACAUGCGCACAAUAAUGUGAUUAUUGUGAAUAGUCAGAUUAAUAUAAUAAUUUGAUUAAAAUGUUUACAUGCUUUGCAAGAAAAAUGAUUUCCCUAUUAAUCCUGUUUACAUGGACACAUCUGAAAUCCGGCUACCUGAUGGCACUGAUAAAUGCAGAAGAUCUGCAAUCAAAAUAGACGUUCUACCACAGCGACCAUGUUAUUUUUGGGAAGCAUAUUUGAUUCUGAAUUCGGACAUAUACAGUUUGUAUGCGAAAACUACUUCUAAGACGCAUACAUUCAGUUGUUCCAAACACACUUCUCUCGUGCUAAAGAGGGAGGCUCGCUGGGCUGGUGGUAGCACAUGAGCAGAUCAAAUACACCGCUGGAACGCCAUUUAAGGCGUUUACAUGUAAUUCAAAGAUUGCUCAGAAAACCAGGUGUUUUAAUCACCGUAUGCUUACUUUGAUUUUGAUCUUAUACCAAUUUAAGAUAAGCAGAGGAAGGUGGUUACAUUACUAUUGCAUAAUCUGUCUACUGCCAUAAAUCAGUUUAAUAUUGAAUUAUACCACAACAUUGUUGAAUACUCGUUUCUGAUUGGCUAGAAGGGCAUUCUAAAAUGGACAUUAAAAGCAGAUAACAGGACAGUUGGAAAAUAUAUUGGGACACCUUGCAAUCAUGACGCAAUAUGCGCUGACAUUACAGGCGUGAUUCAGAAAUUAGGGAGAGAGAUUUUUCGUUAGAGAACAAUGGAUUAACUUUUUCAAUAUCAGUUAAGGAUACUAUAGUCAUCACGUUUCACAUUGGAUUUAUUAACUACAAAAAGGUAAGACGUGUUUUUAUUUGAAUUCUGGUGCCUCUCUGCACACACAGCUUGUUAGCUAGCUCUGGUCUAGCUCUUAAACUCAAAGUGGCAUUAUGUGUAAUGUAAUGGAACUGAGAGUCAUGAUCAAGGGCUAGCUCUGGUCCAAUGUGAGUUAUGCCAACUCUCUGAAGUUCAAAGACAUUCAAAGUUCCUUCAUACAGUGAGGGAAAAAAGUAUUUGAUCCCCUGCUGAUUUUGUACGUUGGCCCACUGACAAAGACAUGAUCAGUCUAUAAUUUUAAUGGUAGGUUUAUUUGAACAGUGAGAGACAGAAUAACAACAAAAACAUCCAGAAAAACGCAUGUCAAAAAUGUUAUAAAUUGAUUUGCAUUUUAAUGAGGGAAAUAAGUAUUUGACCCCCUCUUAAUCAGAAAGAUAUCUGGCUCCCAGGUGUCUUUUAUACAGGUAACGAGCUGAGAUUAGGAGCACACUCUUAAAGGGAGUGCUCCUAAUCUCAGUUUUUUACCUGUAUAAAAUACACCUAUCCACAGAAGCAAUCAAUCAAUCAGAUUCCAAACUCUCCACUAUGGCCAAGACCAAAGAGCUCUCCAAGGAUGUCAGGGACAAGAUUGUAGACCUACACAAGGCUGGAAUGGGCAACAAGACCAUCGCCAAGCAGCUUGGUGAGAAGGUGACAACAGUUGGUGCGAUUAUUCACAAAUGGAAGAAACACAAAAUAACUGUCAAUCUCCCUCGGCCUGGGGCUCCAUGCAAGAUCUCACCUCGUGGAGUUGCAAUGAUCAUGAGAACGGUGAGGAAUCAGCCCAGAACUACACGGGAGGAUCUUGUCAAUGAUCUCAAGGCAGCUGGGACCAUAGUCACCAAGAAAACAAUUGGUAACACACUACGCCGUGAAGGACUGAAAUCCUGCAGCGCCCGCAAGGUCCCCCUGCUCAAGAAAACACAUAUACAGGGCCGUCUGAAGUUUGCCAAUGAACAUCUGAAUGAUUCAGAGGAGAACUGGGUGAAAGUGUUGUGGUCAGAUGAGACCAAAAUCAAGCUCUUUUUUAUCAACUCAACUCGCCGUGUUUGGAGGAGGAGGAAUGCUGCCUAUGACCCCAAGAACACCAUCCCCACCGUCAAACAUGGAGGUGAAAACAUUAUGCUUUGGGGGGGGGGGGUUUCUGCUAAGGGGACAGGACAACUUCACUGCAUCAAAGGGACGAUGGACGGGGCCAUGUACCGUCAAAUCUUGGGUGAGAACCUCCUUCCCUCAGCCAGGGCAUUGAAAAUGGGUCGUGGAUGGGUAUUUCAGCAUGACAAUGACCCAAAACACACAGCCAAGGCAACAAAGGAGUGGCUCAAGAAGAAGCACAUUAAGGUCCUGGAGUGGCCUAGCCAGUCUCCAGACCUUAAUCCCAUAGAAAAUCUGUGGAGGGAGCUGAAGGUUCGAGUUGCCAAACGUCAGGUUCGAAACCUUAAUGACUUGGAGAAGAUCUGCAAAGAGGAGUGGGACAAAAUCCCUCCUGAGAUGUGUGCAAACCUUGUGGCCAACUACAAGAAAGAUCUGACCUCUGUGAUUGCCAACAAGGGUUUUGCCACCAAGUACUAAGUCAUGUUUUGCAGAGGGGUCAAAUACUUAAUUCCCUCAUUAAAAUGCAAAUCAAUUUAUAACAUUUUUGACAUGCGUUUUUCUGGAUUGUUUUUGUUGUUAUUCUGUCUCUCACUGUUCAAAUAAACCUACCAUUAAAAUUAUAGACUGAUCAUGUCUUUGUCAGUGGGCCAACGUACAAAAUCAGCAGGGGAUCAAAUACUUUUUUCCCUCACUGUAGAAGCCACUCCCUUCGUAGGUAUAAUUCUGUGUGCCUAAUUCAGAUAAUGCAUGUCAUAACAACAAGAUGCCCAGCGCUCUCCUCACCCGCAAAAUGUCAGCCCUACACUACACUUGUCUGUCUAAUGUAUAUACGUAGCUUACCCGCUCCAUAGCAAGCUGUUCUAUCCAUUGGUGAAGUAAUUUAAUGUCGAGCUAAAUGUUUAAAAAACUUGAUUUAAGAGGUUUAAAAAUGAACAGAAAGGAGCAAUAUAAAUUGUUAUUUGUUUGGGGUUCGAAUCGGUUCAGAACUUUCUUUUGCUGGUCAGAGCAGUGGAACAGAACUAAAUAUUAUCGGUUCCAACCCCUGCUUACAACAUAUCAAUGGAGAAAAACUAAGCACCCAACACAGGACGUUGAAUAUUUAAGGAAAUGUAUUCAAUAUUUUAUUUCAGAACAGGUUCCAUGAGCAACUUCAUACACUCUGUGGGAGUCCCUGAGCUCGAUCUGACUUUGUCUCUCUGUCUGCCCAUCUAUCUCCUCAUUAUUUAUCCUCCAUGUUCCCCUCUGCUUCCUGCUUCCUGCUUCCUGCUUCGUCCUCUACUACAUACACUGUCUGCAGUGUGUAUGUACAGGGAGCCAUCGCUGCAUGAGAUCGAGGAGAAACAGCGCUCCAGGAAGAACUCAGGGACUCCCACCAUGAACGGAGGGAAAGCUGUCAACCAGAAUUCCUAG